CGGCGUCUGCUCGAGAGGCCCCAGCGCCGGGUGCGGCUCGCCCGGGGCGUCGGAACGCCAGCGGUCCAGGCGUGAGGCAUGUCUGGCAACGGCGCGCAGCGGACGUCGCUCCGCCCGCCUCGCAGCGCUUCUCCGCGCGCCCUUCGUGCUGUCGCCUGGUACGCAGCGCGCCGUGUCGCAGCGGCGACGCCGUCAACUUAACUAGCCGGUGACGGUGAUGGGCUACUGCACGUGCCGGGCCGCCCGCCCCCGCCCCCAGGCCCCGCCACGCGCAAGCCGCGAGAGGCUCCUGCUCCAAGUGCCAGUGAUAUUGUUUUGGUGGCUGCAGUACUGCAACAUCGGGAAAAGAGAGUUUCUGAUUACUGUGUGCUUGAACCUACACGUGAGGAGUAUGUAACACGACACUUCCAAGAUGGACGUAUUGCAUAUAGUGAUCACAGGAUUGCAAUGGUUGCUGGUUACAUGGCUGAAGAAGUAUCAGGAUUAUCAGCUUUCAAUUUCAUGCACAAGGAAGAUGUUAAUUUCACAAUUGUGGCUCUUCAGCAAAUGUAUGAUUUGAGUCAAGGAGCUGGAGGAAGUGCUUACAGAUUGCUGGCAAAGACUGGUCGAUACAUCUACCUGCGAACUCAAGGUUAUCUAGAGUUUAAAAAGACUGCCAAUGAAGAGACAACCUUAAUCUGCAUCAACACGCUUUUAACGGAAGAAGAGGGUGAGCGUCUCAUUCAGGAAAUGAAACAACGCUAUGCAGCUUCUAUAACAAAGUGUUUCCAGAUUACUCAAACUGGAGGUCCUCUUGCAAAGGCUGUAACACCAGAGUAUAUUCCUCAACUUCCAGCAGUGAUGCCAGCCUCUGAGCCUCCUCUGCCCAGCCCAUCUCAGAUGGAAGAACAUCGCUUUGUGCAGCCCAGCCCAGCAUCAGACUCUGCCCUCAGCCCAAAUCAAGGGGCUAGUCCUGGCUCUGUGCAAUUUGCCAACAUGGCUAUUUACUCACCUCCCCCUCCACCUGUACAACCCCAGCCCUCUCCACCUGCUGCUCGUUACCCUGGAGUCAUUACUGGUCCCAGCAGUACUCCUACCUCAAUGGAUCGCCCCACUGUCCUUCGAACUCAGAGUGUCAUAACUGAACGAGUUUCUGUUUUGACAACUGCUGGGAAUCCAACUGAAACACCCAUGGACACUGGAAGCGGAGUAGGUUCAACAGAAAGAAGCCAUUGGGGUUUUAAGGAAGUAUCCGUUCUGAAGAGAACAUUCAGUUUGGAUGCUGAUGCUUCUAGUUCAAAACGGUUACACACUGGAGCUCCACGACCUGGCAGGCAACGCCGACGGGACUCUCAGCCUGCUACCCUAUCAGAAGAAACCAUGCCUUUAAAAGUGGAGGUGCCUCAUGGUGCACCCGUGUUGUCCCCUGAAGAGCAACACCAAGCUCUCAUGGCCCGGGGGGUCCCUGGCCAUGUUCCCCAGUAUAGGGGGACAUGGCCUCAAGUCCCCAGCCAAAUGGCUCCUUCUCAUACCCCGCUACCUGAUCCUUCCUCCUCGUGUUUGCAAAUGGCCCUCCCUCCAGCAGCUGCCGUUUUGAGUCCAGCUGCUCCCUUUGAGCCUGACCCAGCAAGUCCUGCUAGUUUGGGAGACUUGAAGACUGAUGACCUGCUGGGUCUAGAUGGUGUGGACUGCAUGAAACCUGAAUUUAUACCUCUGGAAGCAUUACAAGCCUGUCUGGACGCUCCUUCAGCAGUGGAGUCUGAGUGUGCUGCCUGGCUGGGUUUUGCAGACUGUCUGACAGAGGGGCCAGGGCAUGACUUAAGCCUUUCAGCUCCUGGUGUUGACCCUGCUGCUGUUCAGGCUUAUAGUUGUGUGGACCGAGAAUUGGAACGACAACAUCAACAGCUUCAGUCAAGAAUGGCUAUGCAGGAGACACAAAUGAGCCGAUUGGAGCAAGACCUGGAGACUGUGCCUGGGUCAGAUGAACCCUUACGGUCCACUCUCUCCCAGCUCCAGGCUCAACAUAAAAAACAGCGGCAGAUGCUUCACACACUGAAACAGGAUCACCACUGUUUGCAGAGACAAGACAAACUGGCACCUGGACCAUGUGUCAAACAGAACUUGGGUGUGUGACAACAUUACCAAAAGAACUAGUUUGCCCAUAGCCUAAUGUACAACAUUUUUUUUAUUUUGUGUAAUAUCUUUUAAUAUAUGUAAUGUACUAAUGUGGCAUGAAGAGUGAGAGAGCGCAAAGAGAACUGACAAAUCAUUAUGUAAUGAAACAAUACAAACGUUUGUUGUCUGCUUCAUUAAGAUUUAAAAUGAAUAUGUAACGUUAUUUGUAUAUGCAAGUCUGUAAAUUAUGUAGGAAUUUUUAUGCAGGAAGGAGGUAAUUUCCUGGUUGUACUGAGCUUUGACUGAUUUUAUUAUAGGAACACUUUAUUUUCAAUACUGCCAUGAAGGGAACAGGUAUUUGCAUUGUGCAUAUUAAAUGUCGGAAGUUUGAAUGUCCAUAUUGAUUCGGAUAUUGAACUUCUGUAAAUGUAUUGAGUACAGAAAGCAAUGUCAAACUUUUGGCUUCAUAUUGCAAAAUACAGUGUUUUUUUCGUCUGAAUGCAAUUAUGCAUAUUUGUCUGUUGGUUCAUUGUAAUUCAAUGUAAUAACUAAUGAUCAGUAGUUUGCAAAAGCCAUUUGCCAUCAUGCGUCGUAACAAGGUUGUCUGUGUAAGGUUCUUGAAAGUUGAGUGUGUUUGUUGGGCAUGACUGGCUGGCCUACCAGCAAAUAAUGUACACAUUUUUAAAUUUAAAACUGAGAGCAAAGUACUGUAGAAUUGAGUAUUUAAUACUGAUAUUUGUAACGGCAAAGAGCAAAUGCUCGGCAUUGGAUAAAUGAGUAUUUUUAAGCAGAGUUUCGGUCAUAACUUUGUGUGCCAUCAUGUUAAAAAAUUGCAUUUCAACCUCCACCAUUUCUUAUUGUAUUGUAAUUAUUAUAUGACUAGAUAUCAGUUCAUUGCAUUUUAUAAUAAAUGAACAAGUUUGUAAAUUUUUAAAUUAUACUUAGUAGAAGAGAUCCAUUUAUUGUGCAUAAUUUGGCUUGUCAGUAGGUUGGUUAAGUGCCCAUCACAUGUUUUUGAGCAAAAUAGUGCAUCAGCAAGAUGUGAAUAGAAGCCAAGACUAUUGGAAUGUAAUUUAGUGUAAAAAAAGUUUGUUGAAAUAUGUCCACCUUUGUAAUAUUAUGUUUCUUUCAUAUUGUACUUCAAUUGUGCAAUGGAUGCAUUCAUGCAGGUGACAUGAAGAUCAACUGUUGUGCCUUCUUUA